UGCCCACUUCUCGCCGGCGCCCCCUCCCACCCGUCGCGCCGCGCAUGCGCAGUGCCCUAUUCUCCCCCUCCGCGCCGAGGGGAGCUCAAGGAGAGGCGGCGGGCGCCAUGCCCGGCUCGCUGCAGGUGCCCUCCCUGGAGGAGCUGGAUGUGCCGGAGGUGCGAGUCAGCUCGGCCGUUCUGAAGGCCGCGGCCCACCACUAUGGCGCGCAGUGCGACCGGCCCAACAAGGAGUUUAUGCUGUGCCGCUGGGAGGAGAAGGACCCGCGCAAGUGCCUGAGGGAGGGACGGCAGGUCAACCAGUGCGCCCUCGACUUCUUCAGGAAGAUCAAGGCGCACUGUGCGGAGCCGUUUACAGAGUACUGGACAUGCAUUGACUAUAGCAACUUGCAGGAGCUGCGUCGAUGCCGAAAGCAGCAGGCAGUGUUUGAUAACUGUGUGCUGGAGAAGUUGGGUUGGGUGAGACCUGAUCUGGGACAGCUCUCUAAGGUCACGAAAGUGAAGACCGACCGUCCUCUGCCUGAGAACCCCUACCACUCUAGACCUAGGCCAGAGCCCAAUCCACCCAUUGAAGGAGAGCUGAAGCCUUCUACUUAUGGCAGUAGGCUCUUUUUCUGGUCCUGGUAAAGUGGGCAGGCUUUACUGUAACUAGAGGGCAAGGAUGUAUUGCUCGGAAAUGUAAAUUAUCCAGUAUGUAUUUGGUAUAACUGCAAUAAUUAAAGAACCCUGAACCGUUA